UAUACUACUGUACAUAUCCUUGCGAUAUCUCUCUUCUCACAGGUAACGCAUUAUUAACUUUUCUAUCUCUCGUGUUUGUUUUCUUACAAGCAGGAGACCUAAAAUGGGCUUGACCAAGAAAAGAACUCUGAAUCUACUUGUGUCGCUCCUUUAUGUUCUUUGCUUCCAACCUCAUCUUCAUGAAGGAACCGAUGUCAUUGCCAACGGUCAGACUCUCUCCGGCAACCAAACCAUAUCCUCGGAAGGUGGGAUAUUUGAACUAGGUUUCUUCACACCAGGUCGGUCCAAAAAAUAUUAUAUUGGUAUAUGGUAUAAGAAUUUUGGUAAUAAAACUAUUGUGUGGGUAGCAAAUAGAAAGCACCCUGUUUUCAAUCCUUUUGAUUCUCAACUAAAACUAUUCCCAAAUGGAAAUCUUGCUCUGUUGAAUGAGUCAAGAAUCCAAAUUUGGUCCUCGAAUUCUGCCGUGAAAAGAUAUAAUUCAUCCGUAGCCAUCCUUCUUGACAGUGGAAAUUUUGUUAUACGAGAUAAUCAAGAUUCCUCUGACAUUAUAUGGCAAAGUUUUGAUUACCCAACAGACACUUGGCUUCCGGGUGGUAAAAUUGGAUAUAACAGAUUAAAAAAGGAGAAUAUCUAUCUUACUUCGUGGCGAAAUGCUAAAGAUCCUUCCCCUGGUCAUUACUCACUUAAGGUGAACACAGAUGCACUCGAUGUUGAAGAAUAUUCACUUUUUAGCGAUGGGACAGCACUAUUUUCUUCAGGUGCAUGGACAGGGUCGAAUUUUGAGUUUGUUCCCGAUUUCGACUGGAACCCUUUUAUCUCAAAUUUUACAUAUAUUUCGGACGCCAAUGAGAACGUGUUCACGUAUGAAGUUGCUAUUCCUAAAAGAGUCACGCGAUUUAUGAUCGACACGGAAGGGAAACUUAAGCAGUUCGUGUGUCGGGGUGAUUUCCCAGAAUGCCACUGGGAUCUGUUUUGGGACUGGCCAAACACAAAGUGUGAUGUUAUGAACUUUUGUGGUGCUUUUGGAACAUGCAAUGAGGGGAAAGUGUUUCCAUGUGAUUGUUUGCCAGGAUAUGAAAGAGUGUCGAAUGAUUGGAAAAAUGAAAAUUAUAGUGAUGGAUGCAUUAGGAAAUCCCGUCUAGAAUGUGGAGUUGGAGGAGGAAGUGAGGACACAUUUUUAUCUACAAUCGUGCAAUUUCCAAACUCAUCAUAUACAGAAAACUCACCGUCUUUGGAUGUUAAGAGUUAUGAAGAAUGCUGGUCUGCUUGUUUGAGAAAUUGUACAUGCACCGGCUACGUAUAUGACGCAGUUAGCGUUACAUGUGUGAUUUGGAAUGGUGAGGUGUACAAUGUCAAAUUGACUUCUUUUACUUUUAACAGAAUUAUUUUCAAUGUUCGGAUUGCAAAGUCAGGAAAAGCUAGGAAGAUUAGUGUUUGGAUUUUUGUAGCAGCUUCAGGGGGGUUCAUUAUUUUGCUUGCUGCAGUAAUAUUAUAUAUCUUGCAGCAGUGGAAACGAAAAAUGGGAAUAUAUGAUGGGGCAGCAGAGGAUUUGAUGGUGUUCAAGUACAAGUAUAUUAGAAAAUCAACCAAGAACUUCUCAGAAAAACUGGGUGAAGGCGGGUUUGGGUCAGUUUUCAAAGGCACUUUACCAAACUCCAGAGCUAUAGCAGUUAAAAGGUUGAAGAAUUUGAAGCAGGGAGAGAAGCAGUUCCGCGCAGAGGUGAGCACAAUCGGGCAAAUUCAACAUAUCAACCUUGUUCGCCUUCAAGGAUUCUGCAUAGAAGGUGAAAAAAGACUUUUGGUGUUUGAUUACAUGAAGAAUGGUUCGCUUGAAAAUCACUUGUUUCGCCAAAAUUCCAAUGUUUUUCUAGAAUGGAAAGCAAGGUACAACAUCAUGAUCGGAACUGCUAGAGGGUUGCAUUAUCUCCACGAAAAGUGCAGGGAUUGUAUCAUACAUUGUGAUAUUAAGCCUGAUAACAUUUUGUUGGAUGAUGAGUUUAAUGCGAAAGUUGCUGAUUUCGGCCUAGCCAAGCUUCUUGGCCGAGAGUUUAGCCGAGUCUUGACAACAAUAAGAGGAACACGAGGAUAUCUUGCACCAGAAUGGAUUUCGGGUGAGGCCAUCACUGUAAAAGCAGAUGUUUUUAGCUACGGAAAGCUUUUGUUUGAGAUCAUAUCAGGGAGGAGAAAUAUGGAGUUGUUAGAUGAUGGUGACUAUUUCCCGGCUCUAGUUGCAAAGAAAUUAAGUGAAGGAGAAGAAGCGGUAAUGCAAUUCUUGGAUCAAAAAUUGCAAGGUGAAGCAGAUCCAAGCGAAGUGCUUAGAGCCUGCAGAGUGGCUUGUUGGUGCAUUCAAGAUGAUGAGAAGAAUAGACCAAGUAUGGGGCUUGUGAUUCAGUUUCUAGAGGGAAUUAUAGAAGUUGAGAUUCCUCCAUUUCCUCGGUUUCUCCAUGGUUUUACAAAGGAUACUGCAGAUCACUCCAUAAUUUACGAUCAAUGGACAUCUGAAACAACUUCAUCUAGUAGAUAGAAACAUGUUUUUUAUUUGUUGUUCCAUUCUGGCAAAGACCACGAAUGGGGAUAAUCAUUCUGCUCAACAAAAUUUCUGAAGUCAAGAUUCCUCCACUUCCACGGUGUCCUCAACACUUCAGUGAUUAGUAUCAACCCGUGAUUUAAGAGCACUACACAUUCGACACAACUUCAUCCAGUUGUUAGCUAUGUGUUUGUGUUCGUUCUAUUUUAGAGCAAGUUUUUUGUACUCCAAUGACAAUGACAGUUUAAGCACUUAUUUUGGCAACACAAAAACCUCGAAAGAUAUUUCCUAAUGGU